UAUCAUUGAAGACACAAGAAUACGUCCCCGUCCGCCCGUCCGUCCGUCCGUCCGGCCUAUGAGGCUGAUUAUGUGAUGUCAUGUCAUAAAGUCACAAGCCUAAAGAGUAGCCAACCAGACAAGGGACGGCGCAUGUUUUUCUCCCUCUCCUACGCACGCGUCUCCCAGUCCAUGUUUCAAACAUAAAUGAGAAAAAUAAAAAACCCAAACACACCACGCACACGUACAUCUAUCUAUAUAUAUAUAGAGAGAGAGAUCAUCCCGGGAGUGACAAGAGAAGAGGUUUUUUUAGUUAGAUGGCAAGCCGAGAGAGAAAAUAGGGUGGGGGAGAGAGAGAGAGAGAGCGAGGAAUGCUGGGAAGUUGGUGGCUGUAAAAGAAGAAAGAGAAAUCACCAGUAUUUUUUCUUUUUUAUAUAUAUAUGGGUGGGAGUGGAACGCUCGUGAACGGUGUUCGUCGCUGGUUUCAACGCCGAAGCAACAAUAAUAAUAGUAGUGGUAUUCCACAAUCAUCGGUAAAGGUGAAGGAGGAUAUAGAGGAGACAGAGGAGCAGGAGUUGACUGUUAUUGAGGAUUUUGAUAUUUCUGGUCUCCAACUUAUUAGAGUUCCUAAACGCAUCCAUUUCCCUCCUGGUUUUGCCAUGGAUCCUCACAAGAAGGGCUCGGAUGAGGCAGAUUUCUUCACCGAGUAUGGAGAAGGUAAUCGAUACCAAGUACAAGAAGUCGUUGGGAAAGGCAGUUAUGGUGUUGUUGGCUCAGCAAUUGAUACUCAUACUGGAGAAAAGGUUGCAAUCAAGAAAAUUAAUGAUGUUUUUGAGCAUGUUUCUGAUGCCACACGUAUUCUGAGAGAAAUUAAACUCCUUCGGUUGCUUCGUCAUCCUGAUAUUGUAGAAAUAAAGCACAUUAUGCUUCCUCCUUCGCGUAGGGAAUUCAGAGAUAUCUAUGUUGUUUUUGAGUUGAUGGAAUCUGAUCUUCAUCAAGUAAUCAAGUCAAAUGAUGAUCUUACACCUGAGCAUUAUCAGUUUUUCUUAUAUCAGCUUCUUCGUGGUCUAAAAUAUAUACAUACAGCAAACGUGUUUCAUCGAGAUUUAAAGCCAAAAAACAUUCUCGCUAAUGCUGACUGCAAAUUGAAGAUAUGCGAUUUUGGUCUUGCUAGAGUAUCUUUCAAUGAUGCCCCAUCAGCUAUUUUUUGGACAGACUAUGUAGCAACUAGGUGGUAUCGCGCUCCUGAACUCUGUGGCUCUUUCUUCUCCAAAUACACUCCUGCAAUUGAUACUUGGAGCAUUGGAUGUAUAUUUGCCGAAAUGCUUACAGGAAAACCACUGUUUCCUGGGAAAAAUGUGGUUCACCAAUUGGAUCUCAUGAGUGAUUUGCUAGGCACUCCUCCUCCUGAAUCUCUUUCAAGGAUUCGAAAUGAAAAGGCAAGGAGGUAUCUUAGUAGCAUGCGGAAGAAACCACCUGUUCCUUUCUCUCACAAGUUCCCUAAUGUUGAUCCCCUGGCUCUUCGCCUACUGGAGCGUCUGCUUGCAUUUGAUCCUAAAGAUCGUCCAACAGCUGAAGAGGCUUUAGCUGAUCCUUACUUUAAUGGUUUGUCAAAUGUUGAGCGUGAGCCAUCCACUCAACCCAUUUCAAAAUUGGAGUUUGAGUUUGAGAGGAGGAAAUUAACAAAAGAUGAUGUAAGAGAGCUGAUCUACAGAGAGAUAUUAGAGUAUCACCCGCAGAUGCUGCAGGAGUACCUUCGAGGUGGAGAGCAGACUAGCUUUAUGUACCCAAGUGGCGUUGAUCGAUUCAAGCGACAAUUUGCGCAUCUUGAGGAGCACUAUGGUAAGGGGGGCAAAAACACUCCACUCCAAAGACAGCAUGCUUCCUUGCCUAGAGAGCGGGUUCCUGCUCCCAAGGAUGAGACUGCAGCCCGAAACACUGAUAUUGAGGGGCGAACUGCAGCUUCUGUUGCGAAACCUCUUCAAAGCCUCCCAGGGUCACAGCAACCAGAUGGUUCAGAGGAUGCGACAGCUGCAGCACAAAAUGGAUCUAGUGAGCCAAACUACAGUAAUCGAAGCUUAUUGAAGAGUGCUAGCAUCAGUGCCUCCAAAUGUGUAGUUGUGAAACCAAAAGGAGAUACAGAGGAGGAAACGAUUACUGAGGCCAAUGAUGAGGUUGUAAAUGACUUGUCUGAAAAGGUGGCAGCCUUAUAGAGAUUCAUAUGGCUGACUUUGGCGACCUGCCUGUUUUCCAGCUUUAUGUGGAUAGUGGGUGCUUCGCAAUGACCUACACGGAAGAUCAGGCAGAAGCUAGUUAGACUCCAUUGUUAUACUUGCCCCUCUUGUCAAUGCAACUCCAUUCAUACAAAAAUGUACUCUAUUCCAUUUCUUAGUGUUAUUUGAUAGGGAAAACCAUUUCUUAGUGUUAUUUGAUAGGAAAAAAGAAAGAAAGAAGAGUUUUGGUCUGGAGAGGACGUGAUACCUGUGGUCUGUUUUGUUAAUGUAAAUGACACUACUGGCAAGCGUUAGAGCAAUCUUGAAGAAAUGAGAGGUUCAAUGGAAGCUGGUUUAAUGCUGUGAUACAUCGUUCCUUGA